AAUUAAUUAACCCGCUGUUGAAAACGGCUUGUAAAAUAUUCAGUGUGUCACUGUACGUUUUAAGCUUAUGAGCGGAAUAGUAAUCCAGGUAUAAUAGCGGUUAACACAACUAAGCUUCCCGGGAGCAGCAACAGCUGCACUCGCUGCCUUGGAUGGUCCGUCAGUGGCUGGGAGGUGUUAACACGUACGGCGAAGCUGAAGAUGCCAGGGGCUGGUCCAUGGGUGUGAGCCGACUGGAUGUAUUCUACCGAAGGCUGCUCCUCACCAAACUCUUUAUUGGGGGAUGGGGGAAGCCUGAAGACCUCAAGAGAAUCUUUGAGUUUCGAAAGAUCAUUGGAGACAGAGAGAAGUGCAAGUCUCUGGUUCCUAAGGACUAUCCUGUUUAUAUAAACAAGACAGAGGAGCUUGCUGACUGUCAUGUCCAAGAGGGCUUCUUUAUCUCUCCUCUGGAGCAUUUGGUUCCUGGGAUCCUGCCACAAGAGGCUAUAAAGGCCAGGUUCCAGUUUAUAGUUCCUAAGAGAUGGCAGAAGAACAGACCAGUAUGUAUCCACUUAGCUGGGACUGGAGACCAUUUUUUCUGGCGUCGGCGGACCCUGAUGGCUCGGCCCAUGAUCAAAGAGGCAGGAAUGGCUUCGUUACUUCUGGAGAACCCUUAUUGUUCCUUGACUGAUGCUGCACAUGGCUAUCGGAAACCCAGAGACCAACUACGAUCCAGUCUAAAAAAUGUGUCGGACCUGUUUGUGAUGGGCGGGGCUUUGAUCCUGGAAUCAACAGUACUGCUUCGCUGGCUGGAGAGAGAAGGAUACUGGCCUCUGGGAAUGACUGGCAUCUCUAUGGGAGGAUAUAUGGCGUCCCUGGCAGUGACCAACUGGCCCAAACCCAUCCCUCUAAUUCCCUGUUUGUCCUGGUCCACAGCCUCCAGUGUGUUCACCACGGGUGUGCUGAGUAAAGCAGUGAACUGGACACAGCUGGAGAAGCAAUACGCCAUUAAUUCACGGUAUGAAGAGGAGAUCAUCAAGCUGCUGGAGUACUGUGGGGCUGAUUCCUUUAAGAUGGGUCCCAAACUUCUAACGAAUGUGGAAGAGCAUUUCUACGAUCUGUCUGAAGACCACAAACUGUCAGUGAGCCAGUACACCAGAGUGGACGGAGGCAGCGACUGUGGUGGGGCCAGAGAUGGAGCAGAGCAUCUGUUAUCGCUGGGGAACAGUGUUGGAGCAAACUUUGAAACUCUGCCAGCAGCUCUUAGUGGAUAUAACACACACGGGAGAAAGACGGAUCCUGCCGAAUGUUGUCGGCCAUCUUUACACAAAGAAUCUAUAAGUUUCAUGAAGGGAGUGAUGGAUGAGUGUACACACAUGGCCAACUUCUCUGUUCCUGUAGAUACCAGUCUCAUCAUUGUCGUCCAGGCCAAAGAGGAUGCAUAUGUGCCCCGAACAGGAGUGGUCAGUCUGCAGGAGAUCUGGCCAGGCUGUGAAGUCAGAUAUCUGAAAGGAGGACACAUCAGUGCAUACCUAUUUAAACAGAAUAUAUUCAGACAGGCCAUAUAUGAUGCCUUUGACAGAUUCUGCGUGAAGUAUCCCGACCUGCACUAGCCACUGGAGGCCAGACUGGACGUUUGCCUUCAAGACUCUAAGUGUAGCAGCUGAGAUCUUUUCUUCUGAGGCACGACGUCUGACAUUUACAGGGUAGCCUCAGAGAAGGUGGAGCUGAGCACAACUCUUCCUGUUUGUAUAAGGGUGUAUGAUCUAGGUGUGCAACAAACCUCACUGUGCAUAACUGAAACUGUAGCAGUUUAAAAUGUUGUUACGUGUUGGCUGUGAAAGAAACAUCCAGGUCUCUAGUUUCAGUUUGAUAACUGCUGGUAAUCAUUAAUAGCACUGUGUGUUUUCCAGUUGUUAUUGGUCCUGUAUCACCAGGCUGCAAGUGUCCUGCUGUAUUCCACUUGUCUUCCUUAUCUGACACAACCUUGGAUGUGAUACUCGAGCCCGAGCCAUUCCAUGUGAAAUCACAGAAAGGUUCCUCAGAAUUGGCCAGUUUAUGUUGGACUAACUUUAGCAUAUUUGAUGAAGCCAUGAAAAAUUCUUACUGUAAAUUGUUACAAUUGUACAGGUCCCUGAAAUUCUUUGGAGUUGGUUGAAAUCUGGCGCUUCUCGUAAUUUUGAUGCUCAUGCUUAAAUUUUCGAUGAUCACAUGAACUUUUCAGGGCUGAAAGAAACAUUGAGUACGAGAUGUGGGAUAAAACACUGGGGGGACGCCGCUCGAUCAUUUUUCCCUGGAAUUGUCCUGAUGUCACAUGAAUAAAAUUGAAAGAAGGCUGAAGUAAAUGUUAAAUUACAACAAAGGUCAAGUAUGAUGGUAACCCAAAAAGAAUUUAAUAAAAGUUGAACAAACAUUGUUCUGUGUCCACUGUGACUGGUGCACUUUGAGGUUAACUGGCUUCACUGUGUUUGCUGUGCUGCUGACACACGUGUAAAAUGGAAACAAAUAAAUCUCCUUUCUGACAGUUUCA